AUGGCAGUUUUAUCCCUGCUGGCUUCCAUUUUUGGAGUGCUGCUUCUCUACAUAUUCGGGGUCAUCGUCUACCGUCUGACCUUCCAUCCCCUCGCCUCCUACCCAGGACCCUUUCUUGCAAAGAUCACCGACAUUUAUCUAGCAUACUAUGCCUACAAAGGUUCCCGGCACCUUGCUUUCCACCGCGCACACGAGCAAUACGGACCUUACGUGCGCCUUGGACCUAAUCUACUUUCCGUCAACACCGCCACUGGUCUCAAGACUAUCUAUGGAUUCCGAUCAAAUGUCAAGAAGGCAUCUUUCUAUCAUGCAUUUCCCAGCACACCAAAGGCCGUUAGCGUACAUAGCGCAGUCGACAAAAUGCAGCAUGCGCGCAAGAGGCGAGUCAUGAGCCAUGCAUUCAGUGACUCCGCGAUCAAGAGCUUAGAGAAAUACAUCCUGGCCAACGUACGUGUCGGUUGCGAACUGCUUGGAUGCAAGAGCAACAACUGGUCCGCUGAGAAGGGCUUAGCCGACGAGAAAGAUGGUGGCUGGAACGACGCGUGGAAUGCUGCACAUUGGUGCGAGUGGUUAGUUUUUGACAUCAUGGGUGAUUUGGUAUUUGGCAAAGCUUUCGGCAUGUUGGAAAGCCCUGUCAAUCGGUUCGCGACACAGCUGGUUGGAAACGCGGCACACAGGCAUCUCAUCUGUGGAACGCACCUUACCAUCCACAACUGGCAUUUGGACAAGCUCUUCUUCCACAAAAUUGCAGGCCAACGAGCGCAGUACAUGCAGUACAGCAAGGGCCAAGCCAUGGAGCGCACGAAGUUGGGCGUAGAUGUCGACCGUAAAGACUUCUUCUACUACCUUCUUAACGCGAAGGAUCCGGAAACCGGCAAGGGCUUCAGCAUGGAUGAGCUUUGGGGCGAGUCAAAUCUGCUGAUCAUUGCGGGUUCCGAUACGACCUCGACAGCAAUGUCUGGUGCCUUCUUCUACCUCGCACACAACCCUUCAGCGAUGCAAAAGGUCUGCAAAGAGAUUCGGGAAGCUUUUGCUGAUGUUGAAGAAAUCGUGACUGGACCCAAGCUCAGCGGUUGCUCAUUUCUGCGCGCCUGCAUUGACGAGACCAUGCGUAUGACACCCCCUGUCGCUGGUGCUCUCCCACGAGAAGUGCUCUCGGGUGGUAUGGACAUUGAUGGUCAUCAUAUCCCCGCCGGCGUCGACGUGGGCGUUCCCAUCUACACGAUCCAUCACAACGCCGAUUACUUCCCUCAACCUUUCGAUUUCAUCCCAGAGCGGUGGCUUUCUGAUCCUUCUGCAAACCCGCUUCAUAGCAGCCUUCAGGCAGCGCAGUCAGCAUACAACCCCUUCAGCAUCGGUCCCCGUGGAUGUAUUGGCAAGGGUCUAGCGUAUGUUGAGCUGACGGUGACGAUCGCAAGAGUGCUUUUCUUGUAUGAUUUAAGGCUAGCACCGGGCACAACGUUGGGUGCUGGAAGCAAAGAUUUGGAAAUUGGAAGGACCAGGGCAUCUGAAUAUCAGAUCAUGGACGUAUUCGCAAGCAAGAAGGACGGACCAAUCCUACAGUUUAGGGCUAGAGCAUACAAGAGAUUAUUGAUGCGUGUUGAUCGCUUCACUUUUAUGAACGCUAUCAUGUGUUUCGUCGAGCUUGGUAGUGAAGCAGAAGCUACCAAGGCCAUUAAGGAGCUUAACGGCUUCGAGGCACAGGGCAAAUCACUGGUUGUUAAGCCCUUGAAGGCUGACUUCAGCUGGGAGAAAAGUGAGCAGCGGAAGGACGGGGCUUUUGGCUCUCGCUACUUCAUUGACGAAGGCACCGCUGCAUAUGAUGCUAUGCGUCCGUUACUUGAACAUCGCCGCAUUGUACUUUCGGUCGAGACACCCGGAUGGUCCACAAACAAACGCUUUGCCGUGGCGGUACAGAACGCAGAGACAAUUAUCGAGCGACAAUUCGGCAAAUACGGUAUCGAGUCAGUUAGUGGAAUGUCGAGGUUUGACAGAGGAAAGACACAUGAGCCGAAUUUGCUAUGCCUCGUCGAUUUCAGGACCAAAGAGGGCGCGGAAAAAGCAGUCAACAAUCACCACGACACGCAAAUCGAGGGCCGCUUGACAUGGCUGAGACCUGCCCAACCUUCGUCGUGGAGAAUUCAUCAAAUCCAGAAGGUAGUGGGGCCAGAGGCGUUGAAAGCACUACAGGAAAGCGGUGUGGUGCCCGAGGGCAAAGAGGUUUACGAGGACAAGUUUGCCAACCCACGGCCGAAGAGACAGAAGAGACAGGAGAGACAAUAG